GUUAGCAGAGUUUGUGUUAGCUGGCAGAGCAGCAGCAGCAUCUUCUUUAUCUUUCACAAUAUGAUGGCAUAACACCAACAGCAGGUCAAUGAACUGAACCAGACCACGGGAGGGAGAUAUACAACUGCAGCAAUGAGUCGCUUCUGUUCAGACAACAACAACUUCCCCUAUGACAACAAUGUGCUGGUCCUGGACAUGGUGCUGGGCUCUCUCUGGGGGGUCGCCCCACCUAUAAACUGGGACAACGUCGCCAAACUGGUGCCUGGGUUCACCCCCAAGGAGUGUGCUCGUAGGUAUGAGGAGUUGAAGACUGGGGGAGGUCUCCCUCAUGUGGAUGACCAGUGUAAUGCCCUGACAGAAGCAAGCCCUGCUCCCUCAGAUGACCUGCCCACCCUGCUGGACUGUGGGGGACCGGAGACAGGAAGCGGCCUGAGCAGCAAGCAUGCAGGAUGUAAAUCUGCUGCGUCGGGUCGAGUCAGCUCUGUGGAGAAGAAAGAGAGACGAACAUCAGCAGACGAAGACGACAAAUCACACCGAGUCAGAGAUCCAAACAUGGUGAUCCACGUCUGUGAUGAGACAAAGAACCUGAAGCAGGACUUUACCUGUCCCAGAGAUCUUCUAGUGAAGGAGAUGCGUUACUUUGCUGAAUAUUUGUCUGUGGACUCUCAGCGCUGGGAGGAGGUUGAUAUCUCUGUCCACUGUGAUGUCCAGAUCUUCGAUUGGUUAAUGAACUAUGUCAGGAGGAACUCUGCAGGGGGGUGCAAGGACAAGCCCAGACUCGAGCCCAGCAAUGUGAUUUCCAUCCUGAUCUCGUCCGAGUUCUUGAAGAUGGAUUCAUUAGUGGAUGAGUGUAUUCAGUACUGUCAUAAACACAUGAGUGCCAUCGUGGCUACGCCCUGCAACAUGAACUGCAUCAACAGCAACCUAGCGACUCGCAUUGCUCAACUUUUCAACCACAACGAGGCUGACGACAUCCGGGACAAGAAGGACAAGUUCAAAAGUAAACUGUUUCAGAAGAAGAUUGAGCGUCUUUUUGAUCCAAACUACACCUGCAGAGACUCACCUGGAAACGCCUCCACACUCUACAGGUGUGGACUCUGUCUGAAGCUGCUGACCAGAGACACUGAGAGGAAGAUCUCAUGUGUUCCAGGAAAGAUCAACAUCGACGCUCGAGGAGAGAUCAUCUACACACACACCAGACAAAGGAGCUGGGACGUCCAUGACUACCUAUCUGGUCUCUAUGAGGAGUUGAAGUCUUGGGUUCUGGUCUACUGGAGGAUCUGGGGAACCAUCAACUACCUCACCUGCUCGCGCUGCCAACAGGUGUUUGUGUGUUCAGAGCUCACACACUGUCAGUAUCACCCUGACUCUGUGGUCUAUGCUGGUGUGGGAUCAGAGAAAGGCUGGCAUGGAGCAGGACUGUACCCUUGUUGUAACCAGAGGGUUCUACGCUUUGACCCUACCGGUAUACCUAAGGGCUGUAAGAUGAGAGACCACAUAGUAAAUAUUCCUGAUGAAGAAAACUGUGAUGCAGAGACUUCAGCUCAGAUCAGAGUCCUCAACGACCUGCUGCUGCACAGAGACGCAGUCUGUGUGCCACAUACACCUGCAGACAGUGAGGACAGUGUUUGUGCGUCAGAGAAAGCUCAGGACUGUGAUGUUCUGUUGGAGCCGACGCUGCUCGGACGUCCGAAAGGAGACACAGGAACUUUUUCUCUCCUGAAAAACUGGAGUCUACAGCUGAGGCAGCAGUCUCUGUUGUCGGAGGAUGAGGAGUACACCACAGGGUCAGAGGUCACUGAGGAUGAGGUGGGCGAUGAAGAGGAGCACAACAAGAAACAAGCUGCUAAAAAGAACAAAAAGACUCACCGACCUCUGAAGAAACAGAUGUCCUCUCCAAACUUCCAACGUAAAGAAAAAGCUGAAAAGGCACAGACCAGAGACAGCACACCUUUCACGGUGAGCGUUCAGAAGAGUAAGUGGGACAGCUCUCGCUCUCUGAGGUUUAAUCAGGACGCUCAGAGAGAGGAAGAUCAGCGCAGGAUGGUGGAGAUCGUCGGACACUUGACUAAGAUGAGGUUUGGAGAUCAGGAACAAAACAGAUCUAAAGACAACAAAGAGCCUUCAGGAGGGAUCUUCUCCAGACUGGAGGCUCAGUUUAAGAGUUCAGCUCAGAGCAGGCAGAGCGCUGAGAAGACUCCCAGCAGGUCAAAGCUUCGUUAUGCCCAGAUCAGAACAACAUGAAGAGGAAGAGAAGACCUGAUGGCAUCAAAACCGAAGAGGAGGAGGAUUCUUCCUCCACAGAACAGCUUAUGUUUCUGUGUUUACCUGAACACAUGAAGUCUGAUCCUCCAGAGAGACGGAUGAGAGGGAAAUGACGAGUUAAAGGACAGCUUGAGCUCAGACUCAUAACUACUAACGAUAGAAUAUUAUUAAACUAACUAAUUAUUUUGUAAGACUAACAUAUUAGAGUACCAAGAAACACAUAUUUAAUCCUAAGGCAUUUUCCUAAAAUACUUCAAGUGUAUAAAUGUCUUUAGUAAAUUAGUGAUCCUGCAGCAGUAAACCAGGCAAUGAUGUCUGCUACAUAAUCCCUGAUGGGUCGAAGUGUGUCCAGUAAAAGUGGUUGUUGAAGUCUCAGACAGGCUUAGAUUGUUAUUCUAAGUAUUUGAUGAAAUCACAGAAGGGAUCCCUGCAGAGUUUAUCAUUCAAAAUCUCUUGAUACUUAGAAAACUUUUCCAGUACAACAAGUUUUUGAACAAUGGACGAUUGGUCAGAUGGAAAUUCUCAAAUUCAUCAUAAAAGAUAAACCACGUCAGUGUUUGUCCUCUAGACAUGAUAACAGCUUAUUAAGUCACCGGAGCUGUUCUAUCCUAGUUUUCAUUCAUUAAGUCUGCACUAUGGUAAAUAUACAGCAAUAUUACACAUACCAUUUACAACAAAGAAGGCUCCAAUUAUCUAACUGAGUCUACAGGUUACUUACUUUGAGUGGCAGGCCGUGCUACUUGUUAUGGAGUAGUUUGACACAACUCGCAUUUUACUCUGGAAUCAUAUGAAUUUGUUCAGAAUGCCUACACUUUUGAAGCACUCCAAACUGUGGUAGUCCACCUCAAACUUAUGAAUUCACUCUAAGGAGAUUGAUCGAAAGUAUGUACUUUUUUAGAAUUGUAUUGACAGUAAUAAUAAGUUGAUAAUUAAACCAUGACAGGCUAUGACCCAUGAUUUAUUUGGAGAAAACCAGCAAAUCUAUGUAGAAUUAGACAUUGAACACCCCCCAUAUAUAUUCUAAAAGUCAUCCUUGUUCUAUGAGAUUGGCAUUCAAAUGAGGCUUUGUUUUUUGCUUCACAUCAUUUAUUACUAGAUUAGUUGGGAUCAACCCUUGAUACAAUCGCUGCUUUUAAUGAUUGAAAGUAUCAGAAAGAACAAAAGCUUUCAAAAUAUGAGGACAGCUUUUCAGUUAUCUUUUCCCUGAAAGGUAGAAAGCCCUGUUUAAAUGAACCAAAUGUCUACAUAGGAAAUGUGGGUGAAGCUAGGGAGGAGUGAGGAACGUAUCUUCCUCUUUAUGCCUCCUUUCAAAACGUGUCUCUGAUGCUGCCAAAAGUGAUCGAUUGAGGUUACCAUUUUCCCCGAAAAUUAUAACAAAUCCGUGUUCAUUUCGUUGACUAAACCUAUGACUAAAAAUGUUCGUCAACAGCCAAAAACUAGACUAAAACAAACAAAAAUAGAUUUCUGAUGACUA